UGACUAUGAAGACAUGUAGAUUAUAGAAUGUAUUGCUCUUUACGAACUAUAUACAAUAUGCUUAUGUAAGUAUGAUUUUCUCAAGAAAAUAAUAGCGUGGUACAAUACAUGUCCAAGAAAUAUGCAAGAUGUUUGCUUCAAAUACCCGUCGCCUCUUGAAAUUUAGUUUCCAUCAUCACUCCAAGCUUUUUUUAUCUAUUAUUUUAUUUUCUUCUUUUCUUUCUCUUUCCCAUUCUUUCCGUUCUUUAUAUUCAAAAAAAAAAAGAACGUUAUCUAUCUAUUUUUCUUAUUUAUUUAUAUCCUAACGUAAAGAAAUGAGUUGGAAGGGUUUUCAAAAAGCAAUGAGCCGUUUGCCUCAUCAAAUUAUGUCAAAAAAGGACGAUGUAACGAAAGACGCGGAAUUUAUCCAGUUGGAAACCCGAUUUAACGAAACAUCCAAAAUGGCAGAUCAAUUAAGAAUUGAAGCACAGACUUUUCGUGAUAGUGUUUCUGCACUGUUGACACAUCAAGCAGAAAUGGCUAAUUAUUUGUCUGUCAUUUAUAGUCAACAGAUUGGCGUUGAAACAGAUCAAGAUGAAGUUCAGAAAAGAGUACAAUCGACUCCUUCUGCUGCCUUACAAGCAGUAGGCGAUGCUGAAGCUGCCAUGGCUUACUGUCGCGAUGAAAUCCUACCCAAUUUGGACUCUGUGGAUCAAUUCGUCAUUCGACCCACAUAUGAGCUACAGGAAGUUAUCAAAAAGAUCCAAAAAACCAUUGUAAAGCGAAACCACAAGCUCAUUGAUUAUGAUCGUCAUCGUGUUGCCUUGAGCAAGUUGACCGUCAAGACUGAACGCAGUCUGAACGAUGAAAAGUCAAUUAUCAAGAUACAGAGUCAAUUGGACGUAGCCACUCAAGACUAUGAUUACUUGAACAAUACGCUAAAGCAACAGUUGCCUGGUUUCUUUGAGAUGCAAUUUCACAUGAUGCAAGCCAUUUUUGAGCACUUGUACAAUCUUCAGAACAAAAUUUUUGGCAUGAUUUAUGCUCGAUGUUACGAACUCGUAACAGCUAAUGAACAACAAUUUGUUACGCAAUCCAUGGAUAUUCAAGGUGGUUAUCAAUGGAGAAAACAACACUUUGAUGCACAGGCUGAGAUCGAGAAUACGGAUUUACUCAGAUCUGGAGGAAAAGCAUGGCUUAGUGCUUCCGGAGCAUCCAACAAUUCUAAAUUGACUAUUCAAGAAAGAGCAGCAUUAAGAAGCGAGGAAAGUUCUCAAAAACCCCAUCAUGCUGAACAAGAUCAAUCAUCUUAUUAUCAGCCACAGCGCCAAGAAUCCUAUCAACAGCAAGACUAUUAUCCUGAUACCCAACCACCUAGUUACACGUCACAGCCUUCUUCUUCAGUAACAGCAGGUUUAGUAUCACCUCGAGCACCUCCACCUGUACCACCUUCUCGAAAUUCAAGUACAAAGACUUACGUUGUUGCUCUCUAUGACUAUGAAGCUCAAGCUGAAGGUGAUUUAUCGUUUAAAAAAGAUGAUAAGAUUGAGGUAGUUGAAAAGACGCGAGAUGCAAAUGAUUGGUGGACGGGCAGAUUGAGAGGUGUUGUUGGUGUUUUUCCAGGAAACUAUGUUACUGAACUGUAAUUUUUUUUUUUGCAUAUAAAAAGGAACAAUGUCCUGACUUUUAAAUGAAUGUUUUAGGCUCAUUUUGCCGAAGG